AUGAGUGAUUAACAUAUUGUUGAAAGAGGUAGCAGUUCUGAUGAAGAAGAUAGAGAUUAUGUUACUUUCGAUUUUAUUCUGUCCUCUAGAAUAGGUUUUGGAAUCUAUCAAAUAAUAGCAUUGUGUAUUGUUUCUCUAAUAGAUUUUAUAGAUGGAGCUGAGUAGUACUAUAUGAUGAUUUUAGUAUAAGUAUUGUAAAAUGAAUGGAAGUUAAGCGAUAAUUAAAUAGAACUACUAGGUAGUUUUUAUUUCGUAGGUUUGUUUGUUGGAGCUAUUAUUUCUGGUAUAUUUUGCGAUUGGUUUGGUAGGAAAAAUUCUAUGGCUAUAGGGUGUUUUUUAUAGCUAUGUACAGUAAUCUGGACUUCAUUAGCUCCUGAUUAUUCACAUAUGCUUGCUAUCAGAGCCUUCUAUGGGAUAGUAAUUGGUAUGACCUUACCUAUUGGAAUACUCAUGAUGACUGAAAUAGUGCCAAAACAUAUUAGAGGGAGAUGUUUAAUUCUUACAUAGAGUGCUUAUAUGCUUGGUAAAUUCUACCUUCUUCUUCUAUGUGUAUUUUUCAUGGAUGACCUAUCAAAGGGAAACUGGAGAGCAAUAGCUAUUUGCCAAAUUUUUCCUUGUACCAUUAUGUCAAUUGGGUGCCUAUUCUUUUUAGAUGACUCUGCUAGAUUUUUAGUUAGUCAUAAUAGAAUAGAUGAAGCUGUAGUUAUCUUAAAUAGAACUGGAUAAAAAAACAAGUAAAGUUAAUAUGAACCACUUACUUAAUAUGAAAUAGAAAGCCUUAAAAAGUGGUAAUAAGCUAAAUUUGCCAAAUAGCCUACAACUUUUAAUACCUUUAAAGGUCUUUUUUAGGGUAGUAACUUUGGUAUAACUUGGAGAUUAAUAGUUGCAAAUUGUGUUAAUUCAUUUAUAUCUUCAGGUACCCUCUUUCUUCUCCCAUUUUACCUUCAUAGUUCAGGUUAAGGAUUUUUUGAGCUUUUUCUAGCUACUCUUGGAGAAGUACCUGCAUCCAUAAUAGUUUACUUGUUUAUUGAUGUAUAAUCAGUUGGUCGUUUAAAAAUCCUAAAUGGAACACUACUUCUAUCUACAGUAUCUCUUUUUUUGAUUUAUUUGAUAAAAGAGCCUUUCUUGUUAGGUGGUUUAAUUUCUAUCAAAUUCUUCUCAAGAUUUACUGGUCUUUGUUCAACUCCUUUGAUUUCAGAAUCUUAUGACACCAUUCAUCGUUCAUUAGGACUGGGAUUAAGUACUGCAGUUGGUCGUGCGAUGGGUGCAAUUUCUCCAUUUAUUCUUUAUGAAGUUUACUUAUUUAAUAAAUGGGUUGUCUUUUUAAUUUUUGCUUCAUUAGCUUUCAUCACUUUUCUCGUAUUUUUGUCAUAUCCAGUUGAUAAAACGAGCAAACCCUUAGAUUAAGACCAUACAUAAGAAAUAAUUACUAAAUCAAGAUAAUAAUCUCCACAGAUAAAAAUUAAUCAUGCAAACGAAGACACUACAAGCUUAUUAUCAGAAUAAAAGUAAAAUUAAGAUGACUAGACAGUAGUUUCUAGGUCAGCACUCAAAGAUUAAAACCAAGAUUGA